AUGAACAUAUUACCCUCGCAGCAAGGCUCGCUGGCGGCGGUCCACUUGGCGUCGCACUCGGUGUCGCCGCGGGUGUCGCAGCCUUCGCCAGCCGCGGCAGCCGCGUCCAUGGCGAUUCCAGCGGCUGCGCCAGCGGCGGCAUCGCAAACAGCCGCGGCGACAGCACCUUCGGUGCCCCCCGCGCCCUCAGCCGCCGCUACACAGCCGAUCGUGCAGGUGCAGCGACAGCCGGCAGUGCCAACAGACCCGCUGACGCAAUCGACGGCGGAGACGUGGCUGUCCAUCGCGUCGCUGGCCGAGACGGUUGGCGACGCGGAUCGCGCUGCCAUGGCGUACGACGCCACGCUCCAAUACAACCCAUCAUCCACCAAGGCGCUGACGUCGCUGGCACACCUGUACAGGUCGCGCGACAUGUUCCAGCGUGCCGCAGAACUGUACCAGCGCGCGCUGUCGGUGAACCCAGAGCUCGGCGACAUAUGGGCCACUUUGGGCCAUUGCUACCUGAUGCUUGACGACCUCCAACGCGCGUACGCUGCCUACCAGCAGGCGCUGUACCAUCUCAGCAAUCCAAACGUGCCCAAACUGUGGCACGGCAUCGGGAUCCUCUACGACCGCUACGGAUCGCUGGAUUACGCGGAAGAGGCCUUUGCUAAGGUGCUGGAGCUCGACCCGCAGUUCGAAAAGGCCAACGAAAUAUACUUCCGGCUGGGCAUUAUUUACAAGCAUCAAGGCAAGUGGAGCCAGGCGCUCGAGUGCUUCCGCUACAUCCUCACCCAGCCGCCGGCGCCGCUGCAAGAAUGGGACGUGUGGUUCCAGCUCGGUAGCGUCCUGGAAAGCAUGAGCGAAUGGCAGGGUGCGCGCGAGGCCUACGAGCAUGUUCUCUUGCAGAACGACCGCCACGCCAAGGUGCUGCAACAGCUCGGGUGUUUGUACGGCAUGCAAAACGUUCAAUUUUACGACACCCAAACCGCAUUGAACCUGUUGCUCAAAUCCUUGGGCGCGGACUCAACAGAUGCCACCACUUGGUACCACUUGGGCCGUAUCCACAUGGUGCGAAAUGACUACACAGCGGCGUACGACGCCUUCCAACACGCGGUCAACCGCGACUCACGAAACCCCAUUUUCUGGUGCUCCAUCGGUGUGCUAUACUACCAAAUCUCACAAUAUCGAGACGCGCUCGAUGCUUAUACUAGAGCCAUACGACUCAACCCAUACAUCAGCGAAGUGUGGUAUGAUCUCGGUACCCUCUACGAAACGUGUAAUAAUCAGUUAACGGAUGCGCUUGACGCCUAUAAGCAAGCCGCAAGACUCGACCCAAACAAUGUGCAUAUUAGAGAAAGGUUAGCGGCCCUCACUGAACAGCUGGCUAAUCAAUCGAAUGGGGCUGCUGCCCCCCCACAGAUCAAAGCCCCCGCGGUGACUAACCCACCUCCGGUAAUGCUACAACCUACUUUACAAUCCACAGACGACGGAAACCCACUGAAUAAAGGCUCGGUGUAUGGCCAACCUCCUGUUCCGGGCCAAAUUGCAAAUACUCCUUUUUCUGCGAAUACACAACCGGCCCCUCCAGUGCCACAACAGACCAUUCAACCUCAGUUAUCACUCCAAUCGCAACUACAACAAACUAGCGUACCGCAGCAAUAUACACAGCAACCAACAACCCAGGCUAUGGCACCCGGUGUCGCUGCCUCCCAGGAUGCCCAUGCCCCUGCUACUUUGAGACCCUUCAGUGAAGUACAGAAUAUUGGGAAUCAAAGCCAAGCUCAAGCUCAAGCUCAAGCUCAGACGCCUACUACUGAGAAGGCCAGUGGUACUGCAAGUUCAUUACCCCAGAUUAUGAAUCCCGUUAUCCUCAACAGUACCAACUUCACCUUACCUCAAAAGAGACCCAUCGAAGGUGGAAUGGACACGUUGGUAAAUGCUGCUGUCUCAAAUGCGGGCACCCCUGCGGAUCACAGCACGGCUGUGGUCGAGAACUCCGCUUCAAAAACCAGCCGCAAGUCCUCCGUUACCUCGGAAGCCACAGGCCACAAGAAACACAAGCGUAACGCUUCGGCUCCCAAGGGCGAAUCCAACCCACCCUCCGAUCAUAUUGUAACCACAUCCAAGAGUAACGAAGCUUCCACAGCCCCUUCAAAGGAUCCACUGGAAGCGGCCCCCUCGCAACCCAAUGGUCAAGCAAGUAGGACCUCCGUGGCAAGUUUAACGACGGCAAUGGCACCCGUUGAAGAACCCCCGGCUCUUUCACCUCAAAGUGACAAAAAGGACGAUACUGUCGAGCUCUCAGAAUCUGUCCAGAAUACAGAAACUUUCCAAGAGGAGCAGCCGGAUGAGAAGGAACCUGUGAUAAAGGCGAGCGCAGAUGCUAUUGCUAAACUCCGCGAGGAGGCAGAGCUGCGUAAGGAGGAAGAACAGGAGGCUUUGGUUGAUGAUAUUGUUUCAUCACGAAACGGGAAUUCCAAGCCUUCCGUCAACGAAAGGGCUGUUCGGGAGGUGGAAGAGGACGAAAAUUAUGACGAUUGA